AUGGGACAAGACUAUAGCUACACUCAGCCUUCUUCAUCAGAGGAGUUUGACAUGACCUCUUUACUUCAAGCAGAAGCUGAUCUCUACGCGGAUGAAGCUGAGAGUAGCUACACUAUUGCGGAGGCGGUUCACUACCCACCGCAACCUGAGGCUUAUGAAGGAUUCCCAAGGACAUGCUAUUGCGGUUGUGAGCCUAUUGUUGAAACGUCGUACACUCCUAAAGAUCCAGGGAGAAGGUACUUCACGUGCGUCAACGUUGACGAUGGAGACUGCCACAUCUGGAAAUGGUGGGAUGUGGCGAUUAUGGAAGAGAUGCGUGACAUGCAGACACAACUUAGGCUGCUCAAGGAUCAAUUCUUUGAGAGUGACCAGAAGGUGGCUAAGCUAGAGAAGAUCGUGAGUGUGUUAUGUAAGAAGAAAUCAGUGGUUAAAUAUGGGUUUGCAAACGGAGUUUGUCUACUGGUCAUGGUUAUAGAGGUCAUGGUAAUGGGCUGGAAGAGCGUCGGAGGAUAA